AGCUUAAGAGAGCAAGAAAACAAACCUCUCAAACCCCAAAUUCAAAGGAAAAUCAUUAAUCAAUCAAUUAAGAUGGCUGGUUCUAGUUCUGUUUCUGGUUCUCCUUGUGGAGCUUGCAAAUUCUUGAGAAGAAAAUGUAUAAGAGGUUGUGUUUUUGCACCUUAUUUUAGUCAUGAACAAGGUGCUACACAUUUUGCAGCCAUUCAUAAGGUUUUUGGUGCAAGCAAUGUCUCAAAACUUCUUGCUCAUCUCCCUGUAAGUGAUCGUUGCGAAGCCGCGGUUACAAUCUCUUAUGAAGCUCAAGCUAGACUUCAAGAUCCUAUUUAUGGUUGUGUUUCCCAUAUUUUUGCCCUCCAACAACAGGUUGUUAAUUUACAAACACAACUAGCUUAUCUCAAAGAACAAGCAUCACAAACUUGUGUCAACAAUGCAUCAACUAAUGAAAACCCUAAUGAAAAAUCUACAACUCUUACUCCUCUCCAAGAUCUUCAAAGUUUGUUCCAUGUGGAAACUUCCAAUAGUCACCAACUUAGGCAAGAAUUUCAUACUAAUAACUUGUCUAAUAUUUCCUCAACAACACAAUAUUAUGUUAACAACAAUAAUCUCAUGGAUCUAAACCCUAUGAGCAAUUAUGAAAAUUCAAGAGGAGUCAUUGAAGAAAAUAGUUCAUUUUCUAGCUUUGAGGAGAGUACUUCUACUUCCAUGUCCUAUGACAUGCAAACAAAUAGAAGGACAUGGGGUUUUGAUGAAGUUGAAGACUUACAUUCAGUGGCUUUUGGAUAUAGUUGAUGAGAAAUAUUUAUGAAUCUGAGAUAAAUGAUUAGUGAAACUAAUUUAUCAUUUUUGAAAAAUCGGUUGCUAAAUCGGUCUCUCGCCAGUAAAUCAGCCUCUAUAUAGAUAAAUUUUAGUAGUGAUUUUCUAAUUUCUAUGCACUACUCUGUUGCCAUAAAUAUAUAAGCUAGCUAGGAAGUAAGGAAACAUAGUUAUAUAUAUUUUGAAAUUAUAUAUAAUUGGAAUGGAAAUCCAUUUUCCUAUUGUUUUAUUUAAGCUAGUUAGUUUAUAAUUAUGGCAAGUAUAGAAGAAUUCAGUGUAAUUCUACUGAAAACAUUGGUUUUCUAUGAGGCUAUGUACCAAAUUGGUUUGUUCAUGGUCAUGAAAUUAAUCAAUCUAUAUAUAUGCGGUAGCGAUACCUCAAA